AUGGCUAACCAUGAUUUGAUACUUGGUCAAAAUCACAAUUUGGAACUUGGUCAAAAUCACAAUUUGGAACUUGGUCAUGACCAUCAUGACCAUCAUCAAUCAAUGCUUGGUCAUAAUCAUGAUUUGGGGUUGAGUGAGAACCAUGGAUUGGAACUAGGAUCGCCGCCACCACAUGAGCAUCAAUUGGACAUGAGUCAGACCCAUGAGCAUGAACUGGACUUGGGUCAUGACCAUGGACUGGACUUGGGACAUGACCAUGACCUGGGGAUAGAACAAAAUCAUGAUCCAGAAGGUGAUGAUGGUCAAACUUAUGAGCAUGAGCUGGCCAUGGAUCGAAAGCCCGGGCAUGAUAACCAUGAGUCGCCCCUUCCUGGACAAAACCAUGAUAUGGACUUACCAGAGAAUAAUAAUCUAACUGUUUUUGAACAUCAAGGGUUUGAUGAUAACAUGGACCUGGCUGUGAUUCAACACCCAGAGAUGGGCACUGAUUCUGAGAAUGAUAUGAGUAUUCAACAGUCACAGUUUAUGCUUUCUUCUGAACCCCAUGUAAUUCAGGCUCGUACACUUGCUAUAAGUCCAUCUUAUGAGUUGUCAGUGGGCCAAGAAUUUCCUGAUGUCAAGAGUUGUCGAAGGGCGUUGAGGGAUACGGCAAUCGCUCUGCACUUUGAGAUGCAAACUAUUAAAUCCGAUAAAACACGGUUUACUGCCAAGUGUGCUAGUGAAGGUUGUCCUUGGCGCAUUCAUGCAGCAAAGCUCCCAGGGGUUCCAACUUUUACCAUCAGGACAAUUCAUGAGAGUCAUACAUGUGGAGGGAUUUCUCAUCUUGGUCAUCAGCAAGCUUCAGUUCAAUGGGUUGCUAACUCUGUAGAGCAAAGGCUGAAGGAGAACCCCAAUUGCAAGCCAAAGGAGAUACUGGAAGAGAUUCAUAUGGUCCAUGGCAUCACCUUAUCGUACAAACAAGCAUGGAGAGGCAAAGAGCGUAUUAUGGCUGCAAUGCGCGGAUCUUUUGAAGAAGGAUAUCGCUUGCUUCCACAAUACUGUGCACAGGUGAAACGCACAAACCCGGGCAGUAUUGCAUCUGUUUAUGGAAAUCCAACUGAUAAUUGCUUCCAACGACUAUUCAUUUCUUUUCAAGCAUCUAUAUAUGGCUUUUUGAAUGCCUGUCGGCCACUCUUGGGGCUUGAUAGAACAUAUCUGAAGAGCAAGUAUCUUGGUACAUUACUUUUUGCUACUGGAUUUGAUGGUGAUGGGGCUCUCUUUCCUCUCGCAUUUGGUGUUGUUGAUGAGGAGAAUGAUGAUAAUUGGACGUGGUUUCUGACUGAACUUCAUAACCUGCUUGAGGUUAAUACUGAAAACAUGCCAAGGCUUACUAUUUUGUCAGAUAGACAGCAAGGAAUUGUGGAUGGCGUUGAGGCAUGUUUUCCUACCGCUUUCCAUGGAUUUUGCAUGCGCCACUUGAGUGAUAGCUUCCGAAAGGAAUUUAAUAACACCUUGCUGUACAAUCUUCUAUGGGAAGCAGCCAAUUGUCUAACUAUAAUUGAAUUUGAAGGUAAAGUUAUGGAAAUUGAAGAGGUAUCACAAGAUGCUGCAUUUUGGAUUCGAAGAGUUCCACCUCGUCUGUGGGCUACUGCUUAUUUUGAGGGGCACAGGUUCGGACAUUUGACAGCAAACAUAGUUGAAGCUUUAAACAGUUGGAUAUUGGAUGCAUCUGGGCUCCCAAUAAUUCAGAUGAUGGAAUGCAUUAGAAGGCAGCUAAUGACUUGGUUCAAUGAGCGCCGAGAAACCAGUAUGCAGUGGACAUCCAUACUCGUUCCUUCAGCGGAGAGAAGUGUUGCAGAGGCCCUAGAACGUGCACGCACUUAUCAGGUUCUUCGUGCCAACGAAGCUGAGUUUGAAGUUAUAUCUCACGAGGGAACUCAUAUAGUUGAUAUAAGAAACCGCUGCUGUCUUUGUCGUGGUUGGCAGCUUUAUGGCUUGCCCUGUGCACAUGCCGUGGCAGCGCUUCUAUCCUGCAGGCAGAAUGUGCAUAGAUUCACAGAAAGCUGUUUCACAGUUGCAACUUAUCGCAAGACGUACUCACAAACCAUACAUCCAAUUCCUGAUAAAUCACUUUGGAAGGAGUUGUCUGAAGGAGAUGCUAAUGUUAGCCAAGCUCUUGAAGUUACAAUAAACCCACCUAAAUCACUCAGACCACCUGGAAGACCGAGAAAGAAGAGAGUUCGUGCAGAAGAUCGCGGGCGUGUUAAGCGAGUGGUGCAUUGUAGUCGUUGCAAUCAAACAGGUCACUUUAGAACAACAUGUGCUGCUCCCAUCUAG